GGCCGUCCAACUACGCGUCCGCAGCUCCUAGAAUUGACCCUCGCCGCCGGCUCCUUCUCCGCUCUCGGUUCAUUCUCGCCGUCGAUUCCUUAGGCAUCCCUGUCGGUUCCUACUUCAGUCAACCCACGAAGUGAUAUAGAUAGAGACUUUAUAUGGCUUAUAUGCAAUAUGGAAGAAAUGCUCUUCGGAAGAUUAUUACAGACACUAGCCUACAAAGCUCUGAUCGUAUGCUGAAUCCAUUGCUAUAUGCUUCUCAAGGGCUUCGAUAUAGGAAGUUGGAAGUCAUUCUAACAACGAGCAUAGGGAAGCUUGGGAAAGCAGGUGAGACAGUGAAAGUUGCUCCGGGAUAUUUCCGCAACCACCUUAUGCCUAAGUUGCUGGCGGUCCCAAAUAUUGAGAAAUAUGCUUUUCUUGUCAGGGAACAGCGCAAGAUCUACCAACCUGAGGAGGAAGAAAAGGAAGUUAAAGUGGUUAAAGAGUCUAAGGAAGAUAAGAUGAAAGAAUAUGAGAAGGCAGCAAGACGUCUAGAUAAAUCUAAACUGGUAUUGCGGAGUUUGAUCAAUGUUGAUAAAUUUCGUUCACGUGCCACAAAAGAUGAGCCUAUAGAAUUGCGUUCCCCUGUAACAAAGGAUGAUAUCAUAGCUGAGGUGGAAAGGCAGCUUUCUGUGCGAAUUGGGCCUGAAAACCUGCAUCUACCUUCUCCUUUGACUACUUUUGGUGAGUUUGAGGUGCCACUACGCUUGCCGAAGUCUAUCCCAUUGCCGGAGGGGAAGGUUCAGUGGACUCUAGAUGUUAAAAUCCGGGGGAAAGGUAAAUAAACAGUGGUUAUCUGUUUAGCUUGACAAGCAAGCAACCUUAUCCCAUAAUGUUAUGGGAUCAAAUCUUGGCAAGUAUGUGAUUAAUUAUUGUGGUGGUCAAGCUUUGUAUUUGAAGUUAAAAGACAGUUCAAAAGUUGAUAUGUGACCAUAACAGGUGCCCUGUUUUUUUUCUCAGUU